AUGGAAUUAUACACAACCAGACCUGUAGUGGAUGACGGAUUCUGUGCAAGUCCCAACGACAAAUUCAACAAGAUGCAAUGCGAAUAUUUUAUUGGUGAAUUUAACUCAAAAACUUUGAAAAUACCAUUGUUUUCAAUAACCAAUCGAUCGAGUGCUGAGGUUGAAGAAGUUUUGAAAUUGAACGAACAGUGCCAGAAUUGUUUAGACAACUCUUGCUUGGUGCGAAGAGUUGAAGAGAAGAAUAACAAUAAAAUAUUCACUGACACUUUUCAAGCCUCACCUACAACCCUUACCAAAAUUUUCAAGCUACGACCGAGAUUGCUAGAGUACAGUUGUCUGACGAAAAUCACUAUUUAUGAUUUCUUCAGUGAAGUGUCGUUCUGUUCAAAUCUUGGAGACAAGGAGGAUUGUAUUAUGCCAACUAUCACAAUGUUAUGUCAGGAAGAGAUAUUGGCGGAUUUCGAAAAUUUGGAAGUUUCUGUGGGACCACGGAAGGAGGUGUAUAACACUCCGGAAUUUGAGUUUGCAAUGUUUCGGGAUAAUAAGAAGAAACGAAGAUUUGUUUUUACUAUGAAAGAUGAUAGGUUGCUCGUAUGA